AUACCCAGCCGACAUCAUUUCGCAACGACAGCCCACGGAAGGCAUCAGUAACGGAUGAUAGGUAAUGCAAUCUCGAUGGACUCAUCUCAUCAGCCGAAGAAAUCAACGCUUGCGUGUGAAAAAUGCCGUGUCCUCAAGGUGAAAUGUAUUCGGCCAGAGGAAGGAAAACCUUGCUCUAAAUGUACCAGAUCAAACUCCCAGUGUGUGGUUCCAGAGCCGAAACGGCGAGCUAAAGUACCACAAGGAUCGAAACCGCGACUGGCCGAUCUUGAAUCUAAGCUCACCAAUAUAAUUGGUCUUCUUUCACACUCAAGUGCACCGCAUAGUGGAGUCCAAAACUCGGUUGAAACAGAUCCUGAAUGGCCUCCAAUUCCUGAAUACCUUAAUGAUAGUCCAUACCUACCUGCUGAAUGGAUGAGCCUCGAGUUCCCCGCAGCUUCUGAGGUUGGCGAAAACCCGGAGUUGAACGAGAAUAAGAACAGCGCUGAAAAUACCCCUGAAAAGUCGCCUGACGUAUCCACUGCCUUGGACUCUGCAUGGAUCGCCGAUCUAGGAGUGAAUCCUAUUGUUCUCCAGCAUCUUCUCGAUAGAUUUUGCAGUAUGAGAGCGUACUUUCCAUUCGUGUCGUUCUCAUACACUUGGACUGCAGCAUCAAUGAGGGAAGACCGCCCUUUCCUAUUGCUUGCAGCAGUUGCUGCUGCUUCCUCAAAACACUGCCACCUUCAAGAUGAUCUGAUACGGCGGUUCAAAGAUACUAUCAGUCAGCGGGUCAUCAUGGCAGGCGAGAAAGAUCUAGAUCUGCUUCAAGGAUUACUUGUCUAUCUUGCUUGGUGCCAUUUCGACUUUGUUCCAGGAAAUCGACAAGACUAUCUGUACUUACAGAUCGCAAUCAGCAUGGUGGUUGACCUUAAUAUCGACCAAGAGAUCGCUGAUUUGCUUGACCAUCGGACCGAGUUGAGUGAUACUUAUAUCCUUGAAGCAUGCCGUGCUUAUCUAGGCUGCUAUUACAUGUCUAACAUAAUAGCAAUGUGCUCGGGAAGACCAAAUAACCUCAAAUUUCACAAUAACAUGCUACGCUGUGCUAUGCUGCUACAAAAACGGCCAGAAUUCGAGACAGAUCUCAUGAUAUAUCCAUUGACGAAACUCCUACAAUUUGCCGAGGAAGUCUGCGAGACUUACCGAGCAGAACGAAUUCUAGGGGGCCGGCUGCACAUCCAUGCUGAAAGAUUUGCGGCGCGGCUAGAAGACUGGUGGUCCUCUUUAACAGAAGAUCUACGCAAUACAGUAUUGCUGAAUAGUGGCUAUCACACCGUUAAGAUUCGUAUUCAGGACAUGGGAUUGGUAUAUCGCUAUGGGCAAAGAAGAUCGCCUCCUCCACAGCCGCAGGAAGAUUCCACUUUGUCAUUGAUGCCUCCAAUGAUCGCCGGCAAUCUGAUCAAGUGCGUUAACUCAACAAAAGAAUCUAUUGAUUCUUUUCUUGAUAUAUCGGUUGCGGAGUACAAUAGUUUGUCAUUUCCCUUGUGGUACCAGGUCAUUUUGACUUUAUUUGUUCUUUACAGGUUGUCAGUGGCACUUCCAGAAGUCCCCGAAUGGAAUGUGGAAAUUGCACAGCAAACUGUGGAUUUACAAGCAUACUUGGACACGCUGUUUUCUCGUCUACGGAUUAUAGAACCAUGUCUAGGCCGACAAAUACCCACCAAGAGCCUCUUUUCAAGGCUUUACGAGGUCAUAGGAAGUGUAAAAGCAUCCUAUGCACUGGCAAAAGAGAAUCCCGCAGAGAUCUGCGAUAGUCGCCAUGCUCAUCACGAGCUUAAGGACCCAAACAACACAGUCUCACUUGUUCAAAGACUACACCGCUGCCCUGCAUUACGGUAUUCAAGCCGCCAUGUCGCGCCGGCUCCGGGUCAGCAUACACUACAAAAUGCUAUUUCUGCGGAAUUGCAGAAGAUAGAAGAUGAAAAAGUUUUGGACGACCUCUUGAUGCUAGGGGGCUCUAGUCUUACAAGUGCAUAUAAUGAGUUUCUAUAAGCUAUGCAUGGUAUA